CUACCGGAGUCCUGCGCGGGAGUGUGCGGAGGAACUCGGCCUGCAGUCUCAGUCCCAGUGCUGUCCAGCUUCUGUCCCGCUCCUGAGCAGGGGUGAACUCCGGGUGCUGCCUACGGGGUCGGCAGGGCGCAGGCUCCGGGAUGGCAGAACGCACCGGCAGGAUGCAGGGGCUGGUUUUGCUCAAGGCCCUGGUCACUAGGCUGCUGUUCGUCUUGCAUUCUCUGGUUGCUGUCUGGAGAGUGACCUGGGUGAAGAAAGAGCACCGUUAUUGGCUGCUGGCCCUGCUCAACCUCUUGCUGGUCCUGGAGACAGUGCUCACUCUCAAGUUCAAGCGUGGCAGAGGUUACAAAUGGCUUUCUCCAGCCAUCUUUUUAUACCUGAUCAACAUCAUGCCGUCCUUGUGGCUCCUUGAAAUGCACCAUGGAAACCAGUAUUGCAGUGCCCAGCCUGAAAAACCAGCACAGAACUUCAGCAAAAGAGGAGAUGUCAAUCAAACCCUGACGUCCCACAGACACACCAAUGGAAUGGGAAAUAUCCUUGAGCUGGCCUUAGGGUUUGUAGAUAACUUAUCCAUGGUAUGCGAACCAAUCUGGACCCUAGGACUCCAUCAGACGCUGCUGUUAAUAUUGAUCAUUGGACGGUGGCUUCUGCCUAUUGGAGGAACCAUUACUAGAGACCAACUUUCAGAACUCCUUCUGAUGUUUGUGGGGACAGCAGCAGACAUACUUGAAUUCACCACUGAGACUCUAAAGGAAAAUGAUGUCAGGAAUAAUCCUACUUUGGUCUCUGGCAUCCUAGUGGUAUGGACAUGGAGCAUGCUGCAAUUUCCCCUGGACUUGGCAGUCCAGUUGAAACUGGUAUGCCCCUCCUCUGUGAAACCCAGGGGCUUCCUCAGGCUGUUCCUGUGCCAGUACAGUGCAGAUCUAUGGGCCAUUGGCCUCAGUUUCUUCAUCCAAGAUGGCCCCUUCCUUGUUGUGCGCCUUGUCCUGAUGAUCUAUUUCAAAGUGAUCAACCACAUGCUGGUGUUCUUUGCUGUGAAGAAUUCCCUGGUGAUGGCACUGCACUUCUACCGGCUGGUGGCUUUGAUCAUGGCCACUCGUGCUUCCAUGCAAGAUCAUCCAGAAAGUCCCCAAACACGGCACAGCAGCCCAGAUCAACCCUCUGAGAGUAGUCCCAGUGAGUGGGAGGACACCUCCAAGGAGGCCCUGCCUUUGCAAACCUCACCUGUCACCUCUGAGGAAUCCUACUCCAUACCUUAGUUGUAUGUUCCCUGCACAAAGCCUGAAGCUUGACUUGCUUUCUUCUUAUAGACUGGUUCUCUUUUCACCCCACCCAAUUUUCACAUUUUCCACCAAUUUCAUAUGAAAAGGUGAUCUUGUAUCAAAGCCUACAUACUCUUCAUUUUUUUUUUUCAUCUGAAUGGAAGAAACUUUGACAGGUACCUGUCCUUACAACCUCCUGCGAUGGUAGCAGACAUU